AUGGAAGUAGAAUACUACAAACAAAAGUUUAAUACUGAUAAUGAUCUCAGUAAUUCUGUUAUUAUAUCAAAAUAUAGAAGUGCUGCCGAUAUUGUGAACGUUAUUUUGCCACAAAUUAUUAGUAGAAUUGUACCGGGUGCUUCUGUUAGCGAAUUAUGCAAAUAUGGUGACCAACUUAUUUUUUCGCAUACUUCCAAGGUAUACAAUAAAACUAAGGUUGAAAAAGGUGUAGCAUUACCAACAAUGAUUUGUGUAAAUCAUUGUUUGCAAUAUUUUUCUCCUCUACCUGAAAAUGACGUUAUUCUUCAACAUGGAGACCUAGUUAAAGUAGAAUUAGGUGUACAUAUUGAUGGAUAUACUGCAAGUGCAGCACAUACCACAAUAUUAAACCCAAAUCCACAACAACCUAUAGAAGGUCGAUCCGCUGAUGCUGUUGCAGCUGCACAUUUUGGUGCCGAAGUUGCAUUGAGAUUGUUGAAAGCUGGGAACAAAGGAUCAGAUAUAGUCAAGGCUGUAAAUCAGGUCGCGGAAGCUUUCAAAUGUGUAACGGUUGAAGGAUCUAUUGUACAACAGAUUCGUCGUUAUGUUCUUCAAGCUGAAAAUUUUGCAAUUUUGAAUCAAAAUGAUGGUUUUCCGGAUGGUGAUUUUAUGAUUAAUUCGAAUGAAGUUUAUACUGUCAAUAUACUUAUGAGUACUGGUAAUGGUUUGAUCAGGGAAUCUGAUUUAAAACCAACAAUUUAUCAAAGGAAUAUUAAUGAAGUAUAUAAUUUAAAAUUGAAAGCUGCUAGAACAGUAUUUAAAAAAAUUACCGAUAAUUAUAGUGUCUUUCCAUUUUCUUUAAAUUCAUUGGAGAAUACACGAGAUCGUCUUGGAAUUCCGGAAUGUGUAACACAUGGUCUGCUGAGACCGUAUUAUGCCCUAUUAGAAAACACUGGUCAGGCUGUCGUGACGCAAUUUAAAUUCACGGCUCUUGUUGGGACAAACGGAAAUGCUACGCGUAUUACGUCAUCACUUCAAUUACCAUAUGUUUAUUCUGAAUUGUCCAUACCACCAGAAACAGACAUUGCAAAGUUGUUAGCUAGUGAUGUUAAAUCGGCAAAGGUGAAAAGUAUAUGA